CGAGGUUCUAGCGCGCUACGUCACCUUGCCGCGGGGGCGCGCAGCUGUGUGUGAGAGACUGGAGCGCGAAUGCGCGGUGUGCGGCCGUUGGUAGCGGGAGAGACGGUCGGUGCGCAGCGGAGGAGGCAGCGCUGCUCCCGGGGAGGAUUUUCUCUCUCAGCCGCGCUCGGAUUUUAUCUUCUCGUCGGCUCCUUUGUAGCCGGAGGUGCGACUGCUCGGCUGGGCUCGGAUGCUACUGCUUGUUCGGGCACAAAAGGGGCUGCCGGGAGCCUGUGGGGAGGAAGCGGCGAGAACUAACGGGGACUCCGCCAUUUAUCGCGACAGACUCCGCGGGGGAGGCGGAAAGUGAGACACAAUGAGUGAACAGAGCAUCUGCCAAGCGAGAGCGGCUGUAAUGGUUUAUGACGAUGCCAAUAAGAAGUGGGUACCGGCCGGUGGGUCGACGGGGUUCAGCAGAGUUCAUAUUUAUCAUCACACGGGAAAUAACACUUUCAGGGUCGUGGGAAGGAAAAUUCAGGAUCACCAGGUGGUGAUAAACUGUGCCAUCCCCAAAGGACUGAAAUAUAAUCAAGCAACUCAGACCUUCCACCAGUGGAGAGAUGCCAGGCAAGUCUAUGGCCUCAAUUUUGGAAGUAAGGAGGAUGCCAAUGUGUUUGCGAGUGCCAUGAUGCAUGCCUUAGAAGUGCUGAACUCCCAGGAAUCUGGUCCAACACUGUCUCGGCAGAACUCCCAUAUACCUAUUCAAGUACAGAAUGGCCCCACCCAGGAGGAACUGGAGAUUCAGAGAAGACAACUGCAAGAGCAGCAGCGCCAGAAGGAACUGGAACGUGAGCGUCAGGAAAGAGAACGGCUGGAACGUGAGCGACUGGAGCGCGAACAGAUGGAACGAGAGAGGCUCGAAAGGGAGAUGCUCGAGAGGGAGAUGCUCGAGAGGGAGAUGCUCGAGAGGGAGAUGCUCGAGAGGGAGAUGCUCGAGAGGGAGAUGCUCGAGAGGGAGAUGCUCGAGAGGGAGAUGCUUGAACGAGAGCGCUUAGAGCAAGAGCAACUGGAGCGGGAACUACAGGAAAGAGAGCGUCAAGAACAGCUGGAGCGAGAGCUCCAAGAGCAAGAAAGACUUGAACAAGAGAGGCAAGAAAGAGAGGCCCAGGAACAGCUGGAAAAGGAGCAGCUGGAAUGGGAAAGGGAACGGAGAGUGUCCAAUGCGGGUGUUAUACCUGGAGCUCCCGCACCGCCUCCUCCGCCACCUCUUCCACCCGGUUCAAGUUUGUCUCAGGCAACUGCCCCUCUGGCUCCACCUCUACCCCCUCCACUUCCUCCUUCAGGCCCAGCCCCACCGCCACCUCCUGGGCCACCACCCCCACCUGGACCUCCACCUCCGCUACAUAGCCAGGCUCCUCCUCCGGCUCCUCCUCCUCCACCAGCACCUCCUCUUCCAUCCUCUGCAGCUUCCUUUGGAUCAGAAGAGAAUCGUGCUUUAUCAGGACUAGCGGCUGCUCUCGCAGGAGCUAAACUUCGAAAAGUGUCCCGGAAUGAAGAUUCCUCCACUCAGGGAGUUGCAAGUGCCACUGGAUCAAGUUCUGCUGCUGCUGCUAAAACAGAACCGAGCCGUGGGAAUGGACCGCUCCCAAUGGGAGGUGGAGGACUGAUGGAGGAGAUGAGUGCUCUGUUAGCCAGAAGGAGGCGAAUAGUAGAAAAAGCACCGACAGUAGAAGCUGAUCCAAAGGAAGAUAAAGCUGAGGAAUCCGAGCCUGUACCUACCAAAGCUCCCUCGGCCAGCACCCCCGAACCCACUAGGAAGCCCUGGGAAAGGACGAACACAAUAAAUGGCAGCAAGUCGCCGGUUAUCUCUAGACCAAAGUCUUCACCAUCGGGGCAGCCAAGUGCCAAUGGAGUACAGUCCGAAUCAUUAGACUACGACAGAUUGAAGCAGGAUAUAUUAGAAGAAAUGAGAAAAGAACUAACAAAACUUAAAGAAGAACUUCUUGAUGCCAUAAGACAAGAACUAGGAAAAUCAAACAGCGCAUAGAGAAGCCAGUGGCUGGAGAGAUCUGUUCACCUGCCCUGAAUGGAAAUGCUCACGUUUUCUACAGAGAUUACAAGAAGUCCUGCACCUGGGGAGCCGCAUAUCCAGAGACUUCUCUUUGGAUGUAUGAGAUUUUACACUUGGGUUCUGCUACUUUUCCUGAGCUUUGAGAGACGCGGAAAACAGUCUUAAAAGUUACUGUCACGAUUAUGCAGAAACUAUAUUUUUUCCCGUCAAAAGGGGCUUGCGGUUUAUUGGAAAAAAGAUAUUGCACAUAUUUCAAAAAAAAAAA